AUGAUUCUGAAAUUGGUAAUCCAUUUCAUCAUUUUGGUAAUAUGGUUUAUACAUGUACAAGGAAAGAUUAUUGCAGGAACAAUUAUUGCAGUGAAAAAAUUUAAGGUCCAAGGAAAGAUUGAAGAAUUUAUCAAUGAAUUUGUCAUUCUUUCACAAAUUAACCAUAGGAAUGUGGUUAAAUUGUUAGGAAGUUGUUUGGAGACUAAAAUUCCUUUGCUUGUCUAUGAAUUCAUUCCUAAUGGUAAUCUUUUCGAGUACUUGCAUAAACAAAAUAAGGAUAUGCCAUUGACAUGGGACAUGCGUUUGAGAAUUGCCAUUGAAGUUGCAGGAGCUUUAUUUUACUUGCACUCUGCCGCUUCCCAACCUAUUUAUCAUAAAGACAUCAAGUCAACAAAUAUACUAUUGGAUGAAAAGUAUAGGGCGAAAGUAGCAGACUUUGGUACAUCAAGAAUGAUUUCCAUUGAUGUUACACACCUUACUACAGUAGUUCAAGGAACAUUUGGAUACUUGGAUCCUGAAUUUUUUCAAACUAGUCAAUUCACAGAAAAAAGUGAUGUGUACAGUUUUGGAGUAGUUCUUGUUGAACUUUUAACAGGACAAAAGCCAAUAACCCUCCUAAGUCAAGAGGAAACUAAAAGUUUAGCUUCGUAUUUCAUCAUGUGUGUGGAGGAAAACUGUGUGUUUGAUAUUAUUGAUGAAAGAGUGAUGAAGGAAGGGAAAAAAUAUCAUAUAAUGAAAGUUGUCAAUCUUGCAAGUCGAUGUUUAGAGUUGAAUGGAAAGAGGCGACCAACUAUGAGGGAAAUCACGUUGGAAUUAGAAGAUAUUAGAAAAUUGGGAAAGGAGUCUAAUGCACAAGAAGGACAUUAUGAGUUUGUUAGAAGUGAAGACUAUCAAUCUUGGGAUGAUAAUUUUAUUAUAUCAGAAAUCAUGUCAACUUUUGAUCUAAGUAGCAAAACAACAAUCUUGAAAGAUGUUCAUAUUAUGUGAUGGAUAAUAAAUGUUUG